AGUCAAUCGUGAUCAGCUGAUUUAUAUAAAUAAAGCGUCUAAUUUUUAAUGUUUUUGAACCACUUUCAUUGUUUUACAUUAUUUACCACGAGUUUUCUUCAAGUGUUAUUUUGGUGUAAUGGAAGAAAUAGGCACUCCAACUGGAGACAGUCAUUGCGAAAGUGAAGAAGAGACCCCAAGAUAUGGAGAAAAUGUGACCAAAACGCUCAUCGAGGAAGCAAGACUGCGAAGAAAACUUCAGUUUUUCUUUAUGAAUCCCAUUCAGAAAUGGCAUGCAAAGCGACGGUUUCCAUUUAAAUUUGUUGUGCAAUUGGUUAAAAUAAUUUUAGUUACAUUGCAGCUUUGCUUAUAUGCUUCUAGUAGUUACAAUCACGUAAAUUAUACUUGGGACAAUAAAAUUACGUUUUCACACUUGUUCUUAAAAAACUGGGACGCAACUCGAGAAGUGAAUUCAUAUCCACCUGCAGCUGGGCCCCUAGCCAUUUAUAAAGAGCAAGACUUUUUUCAAACUUUGGACUAUGCCUAUGAUGGAUAUGUUCGGGUGGGAGAAGCUAUAGGUUCUUAUUCCUAUGCUAAUGAAGAUAAUACUGCCACGGACAUGGUUUUGUGCCUAUAUCAAUACAAACAGGGUACUAUUUUUGGCUUUAAUGAGUCAUACGUUUUCAACAGCGAAAUUGUUGAAAGGUGCUUAAAUAUUUCCCGGUAUGAGAACGGGGUGAUGCUUAAUUCACGACAUUUUUUGCUGGAGAACAACAUAAAUGUUAGUUUUUCAGCAUUGGUGCGUGGAAAUUUGAUGUUUUCGUUGAAGACUGUUAAUUUCAAAGCUGCAAGCAGGAUUACAGCCCCAAAUUGUUAUAGAUUUGAUAUUGCCAUAACAUUUAACAAUGAAGAUCAUGAUGGUCAAUUACUGCUCGAUUUAAAUGCGGAAGCUUUUAGGUUGAAAUGUAAAGGUGAUAUUACAUAUAUCACGGAUGACGAAAUUUCUAGUCUUCUUUGCAGUUUGUUAAAUUAUACAGUUACAAUCACUUGCAUUAUUUCGUUAGUGCUGUGCUGCAGAACAGUGUGUCGAGCACAGCAUUUGAAAUGGAUCACAAUGAAAUUCUUUGACGAGAAAUUUGGUCGACCACUAAGUAGUGAAGACAAAAACAAAUUUUUGAAUUACUGGUACAUUACGAUAAUUAUCAAUGAUAUUCUAAUUAUUAUUGGUUCAUCUAUAAAAGAACAAAUUGAAAGACGAGAAUUCACAAGUGAUCAAUGGAGUAUUUGUAGCAUGUUUUUGGGAGUGGGAAACAUGCUUGUUUGGUUUGGAAUAUUGCGAUAUCUGGGAUUCUUUAAAACAUAUAAUAUUGUUAUAUUAACUUUACAAAGAGCUGCACCAAAGAUUGCCAGAUUUAUGUUAUGCGCCCUGAUUAUGUAUGGAGGUUUUACUUUCUGUGGUUGGCUGAUUUUAGGUCCAUACCAUAUAAAGUUUCGAACUCUUUCGACUACGUCCGAGUGUUUAUUUUCCUUGAUUAAUGGAGACGAUAUGUUUGCUACUUUUUCAAUUAUGUCGAACAAAUCACAGUUGCUGUGGUGGUUUUCCAGGAUAUACUUGUACUCCUUCAUUUGCUUGUAUAUCUAUGUGAUUCUCAAUUUGUGCAUUUCGCUCAUUACUGACACCUAUGAAACAAUUAAGCUGUACUAUCGUGACGGAUUUCCGGAAAGUGAAUUGGAUAAGUUCACAGGAUUUAUAAACUGCGAAGAGAUGUCCAGUGGCAUGUUUAGGAGAACCGAAUCGAAUGAUAGUCUCAGUCUUAUUUGCCUUGUGAAAAAUUGGUGUUGUUUUCCCAAACUUCAGAAAACCUAUAGAACAUUAAGCCGAAACAGUUUUUCCCCAAACAGUGCACCUCAUUCUAAUGAAGCGACAUAAGGUUUGGGUUUUUAACGAAUAUUUUGUGGUCAUUUAUAGCAAAGUUAUUUUUAUUGUAGUGUUAAUUUCUUUGUGUCUGAUACUGUUAGAUAAUGUUUCAGACCGGUAAUAAUUUCGUAAUACUCAAAGUAGGUGUUUGUAGAUGUUUUUGCUAUUGGAUUGACUCCGAAUGCUCAUUUAAACUGUCCUGAUUUAAAAUACUCAGUAUGUUUUAUUACUGCUACUACAACUACAUUGAACUAUGUAACCUGUUAUUUGAUCUUAUGAUUAUCAUUGAUUGAUUUUUAAUUAUAUUGCUGUUGAACAAAACUUAAUGUUUUUCGACGGUGUUUUAAAGGACAAGUUAUACGGUACUUUUUUUGGUAUCAAAAUGAGGGUUCAUUUAUUGCGAGCAUUGCGGUAGUCAAUUCUGAUACGUUGUGGAAGCACAUUUUUUAGUUACCAUUUUCUAAGUCAUACUUUCAAAUAAUCUAAAACUGCGUGAGCUGACUGAAGUUCUUAAAGCAAUUGUAUGUAUAUUUCGCUCAAAUCUUAUUUUUAUUGAGUAACAGUAGAGAACAAUGUAUGACAAUAAAAAUUGUUUCUGAUUUUGUUGGUUAUCGAAUAAGCAUUUAAUUGCUAAGGGGACAUUUUGCAUAUUUGCAUCUAAACUUUUUUCAUUUCAUCAAAUUUCAGCAUACCAGUAAUAUUGAGGCAUAUUUUUAAGCAAAAAUAAAUGCAUUUUAAGUAUAUGUAAGUAAUUUACAUUAUAUUACUGCGUUAGCAGUAUUGCGGCAUAUUUGCAAUGUUUAAUAGUGUUAGUCAAUUGAUUGGAGUUGAAUUACUUUUUGCGCACACACUCGAUUAUUAUUAAGGCAAUAUAUUUUUUUAAGUUUAGAGCCACCAGUGUUCAUUGUGAUAAUAUCUGAGAUUAUUGACGUGCUCGUUUCCGCAGGAAAAUAUAAUUUUUAAUGUGAAACGUUUUUAUUAACUUGCAAAGGACAAUAUAUCCAGUCCCGUUAAAUGGUUUAUUAGGCAGACUCUGUCAGAUCGCAAAUGAUGGUUUAAAUUAUAUACAAAAAUAUUAUAAUUUUGCGUUUUGGUCAAGAUCUGACAUAAUAAUUGUUACAUGCAAUAAGUAGUGAAUUAGGGUUAGUAUGAAGUGAAAGUAUCUGAUUUGUGCUAUUAAAAAUAUAUCAGAUCAAAUGCCGGACGUUUUUGCUAAACCGAACCGAAUGAAGACAUUGGAAUCGACAUGUAAGUAAUAUCUAUAAUACAUGGGACUUUAUCAAAGGACAAGGGCAAACAUUAGUCUGUCUAAACACGUUUUUUCAAUGUUCUUCUUGGAGCGCCGGACAUGCGUUCAUACGUUGGCUAUCAUCAUGUUGAUUAUAUUCGGUGGAAUCUAUCCCUGUCUGCUGCCUUUCUGAAGAGGUGUUCCACAGUGUUCAGUGUCUAAUGUUGCAGCCACGACAGUUUCUUUCAACCAAUCCAUCUCUUUCCCUCUUCCUUGCCUUGUAUUAUGAGUCGUAGCAAGUGAUCUUUUGGACCUCUCAUAAUAUGACCAAAGUACUCGGUCUUUCUCCACUUGAUGGUCUUCAGAAGCGUCAAUCAUGCUGAGCACAUCCUCAUUGGAGGUGUGUGCAAUCCAAAAUAUCUUCAGGAUUCGACGGUAACACCACAAUUCAAGGACCACAAAUAUUUUUUCAUAGACGCAUGGAGAGUUUUCCAUUGCACAGAACUGGUUUCCAUGAUAUACCUGUUUUGCAAACUAUUCCAAGUGAUCAACAUAAUUCACCAGCUUCCCAUCCAGAAGCAGGUGUCCCGGGUCAACGUCCGCCUUUGCCACCGCCAUCCGUUUUGUUUUGCUACUCAAAUUAAGCAGCACAAAUUCUAAAAUAGAGAAAAUAAAUAAUAAUUCGAGUGGCUGCAACUGCCAUUUUCUUCAUAAAAUUUCAGAUAUGUGAAAAACCGUUACACUUAGGUAUAUGAUGUUAUACAUGAAAUAUACUUAGAAUUUGGAGUAGAAUUUAAAAGUGUUAUAAUAUAUAGGGUGUUCCAUUUAAAAUAAGUAAGUUGAUACCUACAUCCGGCAUAACCGGAAGUGCGGCAAAAAUAUUGAAAAUAUUUUAUAUCGCUUGCCCCCAAUGAUUUCAGCACACUGAUUCUCAAAUUUCUCGUAAUUAUAGUUUGCCACAUAUCGAUCGCGGCGGUUCCCGGUGGGACACCCUGUAUAACCCUUUGAGAUAUUUUGGUAUUUCGCAUUGAAACAUUUCAUUCAUCAAAAAUGUUACUCUUAUGUGGCUGUUUUCCUCGGAGAUUAUCUGAAAUAGAGUGUCACCGGAUUUCAAAAUUGUACAUUUCUCUCCUGGCAAGCGCGUUUCGCAUAUGCCAAAUAUGCCCCAUUUGAUAUUGUUAAGCUCCUGUUCUAGUUCGUCAAGGAGUUCUUGGGUCCUCAUAGUUCGUAUAUCAUAUGUGGCUAUAUAAAGGUAGAAAAGUAAGAUGUCUUCAUUUUCGUCGAAUAUUUGCCUCCUCCAGAAUCCGUGAGGCUGACUGAUUGUUCAGUGCGAAAUUGUGUUUGCUCUACUCACCUGGGGUAAUUUCGUAUUGAUACUGGACAUCUCCAUAUUAGAAAGUUUGGGCAUUUGGACACGCCACGCUUUCCUAGCGGGUUGGUUACGGGGGUUUGGAUAUUUUGCGAGGAAAAAUGAUGGCUUGGGUAAGGAUUCUGGAUAUGACAAUGAUUCCCCUAUGUGGUAUUAGGAGAACUAAUGCUCGCAUACGCAGGGUCGCGUCCUUGAAGUAGAUCUGUCACCUAUCGGGGUCAUAGAUGAGUAUCUACGAGCUACUUCUGGUACAUACAAAGGAAUACAUUGUAAAAUUGUGUUAUGUUAACUCAAUUUACCUAUUUAAUUCAAAUUUUCUACCACCCAAACUAACCCAAUUCACUUGUUAAUUAUGUAUUGGUUAAAGUACACUUUUGAGACUUACGGGAAAACAUUUAACGGGAGUGGAUAUAACAUAAAGUUCUGGGAAUUGUUUUAAUUAGAAAAAUGGUUACUGAAUUGUAGUCUUUAAGUUUAUAAAGUGUGUAUAGUUGUAAAUAAUAUCUAAAAUUUUGGCAGAGGACUUGUGGUAGAUUUAUUUGUAAUAAGAUCCAUCCAGAUAUAUAAUCAUAUGUACCAAUACCAGAUACAUAUAUGUAAAUGAAUAAUUCAAUAUAUUUAUAACGACGUG